UAAUUCGUUUUUUUUAAAAGGCGAAUGAGAUAUUCCCAGGUUCGAUUCCGAGGAUGCGUUGUUCUUCGGUGAUGAUGAAAAUGACGUCGUGAAAAAUCGGUUUGAUUUGAUAAUACGGAUUGAGCCUCGACGGUGCCCACCUCUCGAAACCAUUGACCUUCCUUCCUCGGCGGCGACCCACUUUGAGAUUCCUCCUCCGCCGGAAUAUUCCCUCCCACCCAGGAAGGAAUUCAUGUCGAAUUGAUUUUAUAUAGGAUUCUUCAGCAAUGCCUUACCUUGUCAGGGAGAAUCUGUUCAUUGGCAAUAUAGGCGAUGCGGCUGAGGUUCUUCAGAACGGUAGCUCUGAGAUUUCUCAUGUUCUAUCAGUUCUAAGUUCAGCUUCAAUAUCCUUCUUCGCCGAAUGGCGUAGCGGCAUUGCAAUAGACACGAAGGAGAUCAAGAAAGUGUAUGUGAGUGAUCAAGAUUCAUUGGAGGAUACGGGACAUGGCUCUGAGUUCGCGCUUUCGUCGGAUAAGCUCCUUUAUUUGCUUGAGUACGCCGGGAAAGACCUCAAGAUGACAAGAAUGGCGACGCCCAUUAGAGAUAUGGAAAGCGAGAAUCUGCUCGACUAUUUGGAUGCUUGCUUGGAUUUCAUCCAUACGAGCCGGAAGGAGGGUGGCGUUUUAGUUCAUUGCUUUGCCGGAGUUUCACGGAGUGCUGCUAUUAUCACUGCUUAUCUGAUGCGAACCGAACAGCUAUCUCAAGAAGAUGCUUUGGCAUCACUGCAGCAAAGCUGUGAGCAUGUUUGCCCAAACGACGGGUUCUUAGAACAGUUGAAAUUGUUUGAAAGGAUGGGUUUUAAGGUCGACCAUUCAAGCCCUUUGUACAAGCGGUUCCGCCUAAAAGUCUUGGGUGAUUCAUAUAACCGAGGAGAGAAAAUAGACACCUCAAAGCUGAGGGAUGAUCCCGGAUUGUCGUCCAAGGAAGUUUCUCUCAUAGAAACGACAACGGGGAGGGAAAAUAACGGAACAAAAAGUGGAGUGUACCGUUGCAAGAAGUGUAGGAGAGUUGUGGCAUUGGAGGAGCAUGUCGUGGAUCAUACUCCAGGUGAGGGCGAAACAUCGUUCGGGUGGCACAAACGCAGAAACAACAGCCUCGACAACAAGCUCGGGGGCCAGGACCAGUGUUCCUCCAUAUUUGUAGAGCCUCUAAGUUGGAUGACGCCAGUGAAAGAGGGAGCGAUGGAAGGGAAGUUGUCGUGUGUUAACUGUGAAGGCCGGUUAGGGUACUUCAACUGGUCGGGAAUCCAAUGCAGCUGCGGGAGCUGGAUCACGCCGGCGUUCCAACUCCACAGGAGCCGAGUUGACAUCAGCUCUGUCUGAAAAUGUAGAGGUCCUUCUUCUUCUUCUUCUUCAUCCGCAGAUAUAUCAGAGAUACUUGUAAGGACACAGACACACAUAUAUUAUAUACACAGCGUGUGAAUGAAGGAGAUUUGCUUGUUUGGUCUCAAUUGAUCUUUGAGACUGAAUUAUGAUCCUUGUUUUCACUUGCGUAAUGAAGAAAUGUAUGAGCUUUCC